GGGGUCGGGGCGGCCCCCGGGGGGGCGCGACCGCAGGUGGCACGCAGGCUCGAGGAGGGACGGGCCCGGAGCGGGGACGAGGCGCCGGAGUCGCGCCGGGCCUUGGCUCGGGAAAGUGCUUGCCCGGGUUUCGGAGGACGCCCGCGCGCCCGGGAGGACCGCGUUCUGAUGGCUUUAGGUUUUAGCCUUUUCUAAAGAUGGCAGUGGGUCGCUUUAGCAGACAGUUAGCCUCAAGUGUCUUCUGACAGGGUUGGGUUACAAACAUGGCUUCGGGAGCGCACUCGAGGGUGCGUUUUGAAGCAGGGGUGUGUACGUGAAAGCCGCUUGGCGACCCCGUGUGUGUCAGUGACUUGCCGCAUGGACUGUUUACAUUUUCGCGAAUUGAGAGCACAGCCCUCUGGGGUCACAGGAACGUGAAAUGAGAAAGCAAGGGAUAAUGCAGCCUGAAAAAACAGCCCAGACUAAGUCGAGGAAGCUUCCAGUAAUGUUACUGCCUCCCCCCCCCCCCCGAGACUGGGUCUCACUGUGGGAUUUAGUAUUUUGACCAGGCUGGCCUCGAACUCACAGAGAUCUUGAGAUUUGCCUGCUUCUGCCUCCCUAGUGCUAGUACCGCUACUCCCCGCUUAAUGUGACACCUUUCCACAAUCUUUAUAAUUCCAAAAUCUAAAAAGCCCCGAAAGUAGAAGUCUUUUUCUUAGAUUUGUCACUAAUCGUGGCAGAUGAUGAUUUUUUUGUUUGGUUUUUCAAGGCAGGGUUUCUCUGUAGCCUUGGCUGUCUUGGAACUCCCGCUGUAAACCAGGCUGGCUUUGAACUCGUAUCUGCUUUCCUCUGCCUCCUGAGUGCUGGCGCCUCCACUGACCAGCACUAAAGGGGAUCUUUAAAAGUGGGAUUAUUCAGUGAGGUUAUUUAAUGUAGAAAAUUCAGGCUUUCGGUGUAGAUGUGUUUGCUGUUAAUGUGUUUGAUUAUGGAUGGCUUGAUAUGUUAGAUCCUGCUAUGAAUGUGUCUAAAGUUACAUUUUUUAAAUCCCCUAAUUUUUUAAUUCCAAAAUAUGUGGUCCAGGUGUUUCAGCUAAGUGGUUAAAGACCUUUCUUUACAGAUAACACCUCUUGUGCCCUAGGGAUAUUCAUCCUAACCCCACCCCCGCCCCUUAGGCAAUGCACCCUACUGAGCUAGGGAGCUGUUUCUUUCUUUUGCAAAGUGGGAAGAGGGGUGAUUAGAUCUUGAACCUAAGGCAACUUUGCAGGCAGUUUUUGGAUCUUGGGAGUUCUGGCAGUAGAUCCUUUUACAGACAGUUCAUGCUGUAAGCUGCUCCAUUUUCUGCCUUGCUGUUCCAUGGUUAGGGGCCAGGGUUUAGAUCCUUUUACAGACAAUUCAUGCUGCAAGCUGCUCCAUUUUUCUGCCUUGCUGUUCCAGGGUUAGGGGCCAGGGUUUGGAGUAGAUUCUCCCAGAAGAGGGGAUGGGUCCUUUCUCGAAGAACUGGAUUCCUCCGUGUACAGGGAAAGAAAGGCUGCCGUGUAUGUUGCAAAUCGUCCUGGAAUCAGCUUCAGGAUCUGUGCCGACUAGCCAAGCUUUCUUGUCCUGCCCUUGGCAUUUCUAAGAAGAAUCUUUAUGACUUUGAAGUCGAGUACCUGUGUGAUUAUAAGAAGAUCCGUGAUCAGGAGUACUACCUGGUUAAAUGGCGUGGAUAUCCUGAGUCAGAGAAUACCUGGGAGCCACGGCAGAAUCUCAAAUGUGUGCGCAUUCUCAAGCAGUUCCACAAAGACUUAGAAAGAGAGCUGCUCCUCCGGCAUCGCCUGUCAAAGCCGCCCAGGCACCUGGACCCAAACUUAGCCAACUACCUGGUGCAGAAGGCCAAGCAGAGGCGGGCACUGCAGCUCUGGGAGCAAGAGCUCAAUGCCAAGCGCAGCCACCUGGGACGCAUCACUGUGGAGAAUGAGGUAGACCUGGAUGGCCCUCCACGGUCCUUUGUCUAUAUCAAUGAGUAUUGUGUUGGUGAGGGCAUCACCCUCAACCAGGUGGCUGUUGGCUGUGAGUGCCAGGACUGUCUGUUGGCUCCCACUGGAGGCUGUUGCCCUGGAGCAUCCUUGCACAAGUUUGCCUACAAUGACCAAGGCCAGGUGCGGCUGAAAGCUGGUCAGCCCAUCUACGAGUGCAACUCCCGAUGUUGCUGUGGCUAUGAUUGCCCUAACCGUGUAGUCCAGAAAGGCAUCCGCUACGACCUCUGCAUCUUCCGCACUAAUGAUGGGCGAGGCUGGGGUGUCCGCACGCUGGAAAAGAUCCGCAAAAAUAGCUUUGUUAUGGAGUAUGUGGGAGAGAUUAUUACCUCAGAGGAGGCAGAGCGGCGGGGCCAGAUCUACGACCGCCAGGGCGCCACCUACCUCUUUGACCUGGACUACGUGGAAGACGUAUAUACCGUGGAUGCCGCCUAUUAUGGCAACAUCUCUCAUUUUGUCAACCAUAGUUGUGAUCCCAACCUGCAGGUGUACAACGUAUUCAUAGACAACCUUGAUGAGCGACUACCCCGCAUCGCUUUCUUUGCCACAAGAACCAUCUGGGCGGGCGAGGAGCUCACCUUUGAUUACAACAUGCAAGUGGACCCCGUGGACAUGGAAAGUACCAGAAUGGACUCCAACUUUGGCCUGGCUGGGCUCCCUGGCUCCCCCAAGAAACGGGUCCGUAUUGAAUGCAAAUGUGGGACAACAGCUUGCCGAAAAUACCUCUUCUAAGCCCUGAGAAGUUUGAGGCCACACUAAUUGAAGGGGCCCGAAGCCACCUUCCUCUACUGCUGCCCUCUUGUCAAGAAUGACCAUCAGAGCCUUGUCUGCCUCUACUUGUCCUCAUCUGCCCCGACCUGUUGCCCACCUGCUCUGCUCCAAGGUCAGGGCUGUGGUGAGGACUGACUCUGGGUACCCUUUCUCUGCUCCUUGCCCUGUCCCAGGCCCAUCAGGCAUUGCACUUAAAAUUCCCAGCCCCAUUUUCAGGAGUAUAUUUUUCACGUCAGGAUUCCCUGAAGUUGGAAUUCAUGUUAUGUCAUGGAAGUCUAAAGAGUGAGGAACUCAGCCCCAGAAAUGAUUUUUUUGGACGGCAUUUCUGUAACUCUAUGUAGUUCAGGCUGGUUUUAGACUCUUAAUCCUCCUGUCUCAGCUUUCUACAUGCUGUGCAUAUAGGUGUAGACCCAGCUAAGAUUUUUCUUUUAAUUGCUUCUGCUUGGAGCCUUUGCGACAUGUUGCAGGCCUCUUCACUGUUCUUAAGUUUGAGGAAGCAACCCCCAGGCAGACAUACAUCAGAGCUCAGAGAGAUACCAGACUUAACUGUAUCAACAACCACAGAGCCUUUGUAGUCGUAAAAGAAAAGGGGGUCUCUAGGGCUAGUUGGAUAAGACUGGUUCUGCUCAUCAUGCUUUUGAUGCUGGGUAGUAUUGACCUUAAGACCCACAGGGUCUCAGAGUUGCAAGUCUGAGAAGCAGUUGCCCAAGUGCUACCAAAAUGGGGGUGGGGUGAAUACCUCUUUGAAAGCUCCACAGGAAGGUUAGGACUGAGUUUUACCAUCCGGGAGUAAAGAGUUUUAGAUGUGCUGGAAACCCUGCCUUGGCAUGUAAUACCACUGGAACUACUAGAAGCUGAAACCAAGAUAUAGUCUGUAGAUAGCACUUAAGACAAUAAUGUGCAUUGACCAGAAGUUGAGGUGCCAGGCACUGGGUCCAUAUGGAUUGUCUCAGGGAUGCCUUGAAAACCACAGCAGUGGAGCCCAGGACUAGGCCAAAAAUGAUUGGGGAGAACUUAUUCACUAGAAUAUGGUGAGAUGAGAGCUAAGCCCCCUUUUACUUGUCAGCUUCUUCAAGUACUUACCUGGUCCACUAGUCUCAAAAGUUAAACUGCCUAGAAAUGUACAAAAGGCGAAGAUUCUGAUGGCUGCCUUGCCCCCUGCUCUCCUCCAUUUUCUUCAGGAAGCCUUUCCUGACUUCCUGUGCCCAGAGUGUCCCUAUGUGAGACUGUGCACCCUGCUACCGGAUCUCUGUGUCUGUAUGUGUCCUGCCCACACCUCCAAGGCUGACCUUCAGGCAUGGACUGAAUCUGGUUCUCUUGUGUACCCCUCAGCCCUCCCCAGCCUGGAGUGUGCAUCAAUAAAUUGCGUUGUUGAAAACUAGAAACUGAAGCUGGGGCUGCCCUAGAAUGUAGUGUAAAAAGGUCAAGUCAUCUGACUAAUCUUCCCAUUUGGGGCCCCUAAAGUGGUCUUGCUACAUAACUUCCAUUUUAAAAAUACACUUAAGGGGGCUGGAGAUAUGGCUCAGUGGUUAAGAGCACUGGCUGCUCUUCCAGAGGUCCUGAGUUCAAGUCCCAGCAACCACAUGGUGGCUCUGUACUGAGAUAUGGCGCCCUCCUCUGGCGUGCGGGCAUACAUCGAGGCAGAAUGUUGUAUACAUAAAAAGUAAA